CCAUUUCAGAUUUUUAGCAGUGUAUCUCAGUUGACUCUGUCACAAAAAUGGAAAUUUUGUGAAAGUCACCCGAAAAAGCAUUUUUACACCAUUAUCCCAUUUGUUUCCUCAUUUACGUAGUUGCUUUUGUUGCCAUCGUGUGUCCAAGAAUGCCUCGCCAUCGAGAUGCUGCCCAGGGCCAGAGCAAAGCUGGAGAAAUAUUCCGCGGAAUCGCCUGGGGCAUUUUUACUCAGAUCAUCCUUAUCCUUCAUAUUCUAAUUGAUAAAAUACUAGAGACUGUCCUGGAGUGGUAUUGGAAGGAGAAGAAAACAUGCAGUUCACUCAGGGAAAAUUUCUUCAUUACCAAAAGUGCCACUGAGAUUGCUAGUCUCAUCCGGAAAGGGGAACUUACAUCUUAUCAAGUGGUUAAGGCAUACACUGAUCGCUUGAAGGAGGUUAAUCCCCUGAUAAAUGCUGUUGUCGAUGGUCCUUUUGAUAAAGCUUUUGAAGAAUCGCAAAAAAUUGAUGAAAGAUUGGAGAAGGGCGAAGUAACUGCCAAGGAAUUUGCUGAGAAGCCUUUCCUGGGAGUUCCCUUUAGUACAAAAGACAGUACAGCUGUUGAGGGGGCUCUACACACUUUGGGACUCGUUUCGCGACGCAAUGAACGUGCCACGGAGGAUGCAGAGUGUAUUAGGUUGAUGAAGGAGGCUGGUGGCAUCAUUAUUGCAGUCACUUCAGUGCCAGAAGUAAAUAGAUGGCAAGAGACACGCAAUAAUGUUACCGGAAUCACCAACAAUCCCUAUGAUUUGCGACGUACUGUUGGGGGAUCAUCUGGAGGGGAAGCAGCUCUGAUUAGCGCCUGUGGAAGUGCCUUUGGAAUAGGUACGGACAUUGGAGGAUCUAUCAGAAUGCCGGCUUUCUAUUGUGGUAUCUAUGGGCACAAGCCAACUUCUGGCCUGGUAAAUACUCGCGGAUGUACAUUUAGGACGGGUAAAGAGAAAUCAACAAUGGUAGUGGCUGGACCAAUGGCCAGAUAUGCCAAGGAUUUGCUUCCAAUCUUCAAGGUUCUGGUGGGUCCAAAGAUGGUUCAAAGCUUGGAACUCAAUGUGAAGGUGAAUCCGAAGAAAUUACGUUACUUCUAUGUACGAGACAUUAAGGAUCUCAAAGUGGCUGGUGUCAAUGGGGAAAUGAGUGCAGCCCUGAAGCGUGUUGUGCAGCAUCUUGAUGGUAUUUCUGAGAAACCCUGUGUGGAAACGGUCAUUCCAAACACAGAGAAGACUACCAAAAUGUGGCGUUAUUGGAUGCGAAAGGAACCCCAAGCUUUUGAUAUGUUGCUGGGCAAUGGGGUUCCUUUGAAUGGAUUUGUGGAAUUGGUGAAGAAGCUACUGGGUCAGAGUGAAUACACAAUGGCUUCCAUCUAUUCGUUGAUCGAUGCCAUGCUCCCAUUUGGAGAUACGACCAAAAUUGAAUCGAUCACGAGGGUCUGCAAGAAUUAUGUGAAGGAACUUUUGGGAGAUGAUGGAGUUCUUUUGAUACCAAGUGCUCCAAGUACAGCAGGAUUUCACUAUUCUGCAUUGGUGCAAAUUUACAAAUUCAGCUACUGGAGUUUAUUCAAUUCCCUGCACUUGCCAGUAACGCAAGUGCCUCUGGGAUUGGACUCAAAGGGUCUUCCGCUGGGAGUGCAAAUUGUGGCUGGUCCCAAUUGCGAUCGUUUGUGUCUUGCUGUGGCUGAAGAGAUAGAAAAUUCCAUGAUAGGAUGGAUUCCGCCUUUUGAAACGACAUAAUAAAAGGCUUUCUCGAUGCCCAUGGCAGGAUGAUAAUGGUGAAAGGGGUGAAAGGUAUUAAUAUUUAAACUAAAACAUUCUUCAACUCUUUUAGAGGCUGUUGAAAUAACAUACUUUUGGGAUUUAAGAGCUAAGGAUAAGGCCUAAAUAGCUGCAUUUGAUUUGGGUAUUUUCUAAAAAUGAAAAGCCAUUUUCUCAUCUAG